CAAAUUCCCCAAGCUAUUAUGAAAAGUUAGAAAGGGCUCACAUAAAGAGGUUUGGAACAAGCUUCGGACAAUUAGCUAAAUCACUAAUCACAAUUACUAACUGAGAGUUCAGUAGUGAGGUCUUGCUGACAUUUUAAAACUUAAACGGCAUGAUAUUGGGAAUUAUCAGUACAUUGCAUUAGAUUCAUAGCUACGCUGAUCACCAGUUGUUCACAGAUCAUUUUGAGCCCCAUUUUACCUGUUGUGGUUGAGCCGUCAGUUCUGAGAAAGAGGGGAGGGUUUUGAUCGAAGUAAGCGACUUGUAAAUAGUUUACUCAAAUUUCUCAUGGUUGGACGUCGCGUGCAGUUUUGGAAGAUUUGAAAGCGUUUUAAUCGGCUCAGGAGUGGCUGAAAUCAAAAUUAUUAAUGGCAGACGGUCAGAAGCCAAACGGGAAAGCAGGUGGUGAGGAUGAGAAUAAGGAUGUGGCAAAAGCUGCAGGCUUUGUUGUCUUUUCUGGGAUUGCUCUGAGCAUCAUCAAGGCGCUGUGCCCAAAAAAGUCUAUAGAAGAAUUUGUGCAAUCUGAUGAUGCUGUGUCGGACACCUCUACUGGGGAUACUGUUGGGGAACUGAAGGAAGAUGCAAAGGUGAUCACUGUUGGGGAACUGAAGGAAGAUGCAAAGGUGACCAUGUUAAGUGCUGAAAACAUUAUUGAGAAAACCAGCGAGGUUCAGAAAGAGGAGAAAAUCAGCGAGGUUCAGAAAGGGGUGAUUGGUUUUGGUUCUGAGAUCACUAAGAAGUUUCAAAAGCAAGGUACCACGAAGAAAUCAGGGACAACUAUUGAGCUAAUUAAAGGAGACACGCUAUGGGAUCUAUCUCAGAAGUAUGGGGUUUCAAUUGAUUCAAUCAAAGCUGCAAAUGGGCUUACCGAUGACAUGAUUUAUGCUGGAGACAAACUUAUCAUACCUUCCUAGGAUUCUAGUUGGAUUUUACAGUUUUCAAACUUUGUAGGACUCAUCUGGUCUAUCUAUGGGAUGUAUGUGGGGGUCAUGAGAUUGAAAUUAAAGAGAAAGUGUGCACCAAUACAUUUGGUCUAUUGAAAUGUUGAUCCAUUGAUUGCUAAGGUCAUCUUAUCUAGACUUCAUAAUUUCCAGAUUGUUAUUACAGAGGGAUCUUUUAUCAUUACCCAGAUCUAUAUCCUGUGUGUUAUGGAAAAUUUUGCCUGAAAAUUGAAUCAAGUAUCAACUAUGAGAUUUGUGUUUUUUAUUAAUUAUUCUUUGGUUCUCUUCAUCCUGAUGAUGGAUCAUGGAGUGUAAUCCGCAACGUUGAUGCAAAAUUUUGAACAUAAAUGAAUCCAGAAACAGAAUUCGCUCUGUUUAAUUCUUGUACA